AUGUUCAUCGUUGGCCUAGUUGCCAGUGCCCUGAUUGGCGUUUCUUCACCCUUGUCACUACUUUUCUUCUCUGACUUAGUCAAUGAUUUCACUUCUCCCACUCUAAGUGGCUUUGUAAGCGUCAUUCAGAGAAUGGCCAUAUUGGGUGCCGUUACUUUCGCAGUCGCCUACUUACAAAUGUUCUGCCUGCAGUUUUGCGCUCGGAGACAGGCAAGGCAGAUACGGUAUCUGUUCUUUUCAAGUGUUUUGAGCCAGGACGCGGCCUGGUUUGACACUGCUAAUGUGGGUGCUCUUAUAACUCGAUUGACCGAAGGAGUGGACAAGAUCGAGGCAGGGGUGGGUGAGAAGGCGGGUUUGUUUGUUCAGAACCUUUUUGUCUUCAUUGGUGGUGUGGUAAUCAGCCUAAUCAAGAACUGGGAACUGGCAUUGGUGUCGGCAGCCUUCUUUCCUCUUGUCGGUGCUUCCUUCGCUGCUGUGGGUUUCAUCGUGAGAAAGCUGAGCGCGAAGGAGCGCGCCGCCUACUCAAGAGCUAAUGGUAUUGCGGGAGAGGUGCUGGGAGCGGUGAAGACAAUUUUUGCGUUUGAAGGACAGGCGCGUGAAACUAAGCGUUAUUCGGAGGAGUUGUCGGAGGCGGAGAAUGUCGGACUGAAACGCUCCACCAUCUUCGGAUUUGUUUUAGGAGCAACAGAUGCGUCGAUCUACGUGUUGAUGGCAGUGACCUUCUACUACGGUAUCAUCAUGCUGGGACGUGGCACUUCUGACCCGGGCGAGAUUAUUCUGGUGGUGUUGGCAAUGCUUUUUGCUGGGGCUACUGUAGGUCAGGCUUUCCAGCAAUUCGAUUAUUUCAAUUUCGCCGUCACUGCCGCUGGCGAGCUCUUCCCUAUCAUCGACCGAGUUCCGCCCAUCGAUAAGAGACCCAACGACGAAAAGGUCCGUCUUUCAUCGGUCCGUUGUGACAUUGUCUUUGAGGAUGUAUGCUUCUCCUAUCCCACCCGCCCUGAAGUUCUUGUACUUGAUCACUUCUCGUGGCACCUGCGAUCAGGUCAAAAUCUCGCCAUUGUGGGCGCUAGUGGUUCGGGCAAAAGCACGCUCAUUCAACUGCUGCAGCGGCUUUACGAUCCUGACUCUGGUCGCAUCACAAUCGAUGGUGUCGAUUUGCGCGAUCUUGAUCUCGCGUGGUGGCGGUCCUGCGUAGGAGUGGUGUCGCAAGAGCCCACUCUUUUCUCAGGCUCGUUGAUGGAGAACAUCUCUUUGGGAAAACCAGAUACGAGUUUGGUUGAAGUGGAAGCAGCUGCCAGGCUGGCUCAUGCCCAUGAUUUUAUCUCGAAGCUACCCGAGGCAUACGAGACCGUAUUCGUGGCACAGGAUGGGGGAGGGGGCAUGUCUGGAGGUCAGAAGCAGCGUGUGGCGAUUGCGAGAGCUCUUAUUCGAGAUCCGAAGUUGCUGCUGCUAGAUGAAGCGACGUCUGCGUUGGACACGAAAUCGGAGAAAACGGUACAGGUGGCAUUGGGUGAGGCGAAGAGAGGAAGGACUACAGUGACGGUGGCGCAUAGACUUUCGACAGUGCGAGAUGCUGAUGUAAUUUUGGUGAUGGAGAAAGGACGCGUGGUGGAGGCAGGCAGUCAUGAGGAGCUGAUGGCGCGGGCUGGAGUUUAUGCCAAUUUGGUGAUGCGUGGACUAAAGGAAAAGAGCGAUGAAUCGGACGAGGACAUCGGUGACGACGACAAUGUUGAGGAGAUCAUUAGAGCUGCUCAGCAGGAUCAGGAAAAAGGUGAUCAAGUGCCCGCUGAAGAUGGUGAUUUUGAAGGCAAGACGGUCUGGUCCUCACUGAGUGAACCGUUUGAAGAUAUGGUGGUGGGGAAGAAACCUAACACCUUCUUGGAAGUUUUGCGAUUGAACGCACCGGAGAGAUGGUACAUAGUCUUGGGUUGCAUCACCUCGGUCUUGAUUGGUGGAACGCAGGCUGCUUUUGUUAUCGUUUACACGGAGAUGUACGAUAUCUUUCUUGUAAACGAAACUCAAGCACGUCUUGACCGCACUUCUGUCAUUUGUGGUGCUUUUGGUGGCCUAGCCGCUCUCCGCCUCAUCUGCUACACUAUUAACGAGGUUGGAUGGUUUGACAAGCCAGAGAAUCAGCCAGGCGCCCUGACAGGCAGGCUGGCAGCUGAUGUGCCAACGUUGCAGAACUUGACGAGUCGUAGGUUGGCAUCCAUGUUGGAGACAUUCGUUCUCAUUGUCGCUUCUCUCUUCAUCGGGUUCUUCUUCAGUUGGCAAAUCGCCCUUGUCUCCCUUGCCUACUUCCCUAUUCUAGUCAUUGCUGGUGCAUUUGAGAUGCAGACUUGGAGUGCAGAGGUGGCCCAGAAGAGUGUUAAAGGUGCAUCUGUGGCACAAGAAGUCUUCUCUACCUCCAAAACUGUCUCGGCGUUGCAGGCUGAGAAGCACUUUGCUGAAAAAUACGCCAGCCAGGCUCUUCUCUCAUACUCCCAAAUCCUCAAAGGUGUGGCACGCUAUGCUUUGGUGAAUGCCAUCGCUAAUUCACUGAUGGCCUUCGAAUUCAGCGGUGUCUUCUAUCUGGGUGGAAUUCUUCUCGAAAGAGGCGACAUUACCAUAUUACAGCUUUGGCGAUCCUUCUCCUCCAUCAGUUUUGCAGCCUCCAGCCUCGGCUACGCGGCGUCCUUCGCUCCCGACGCCAAGAAGGCGUCAAAAGCGGCGAAAGCCAUUUUCGACAUCAUUCAUCGUCAGCCCCAUCUGCAGCCUGACUACGGCGACUUUCCCCACUGCUCUUUCACAGGGAAUCUCGUUUUCAACAACCUUAGUUUCCGCUAUCCCACGCGCAAGCAGGUUUCCGUUCUCAAGGGUUUCACGUUCAAGGUCCCUCCAGGCAAGAGCGUCGCUCUUGUUGGUCAGUCUGGCUGCGGAAAAUCAACUGUCCUUCAGCUCGUCCAACGCUUUUAUGAUCCCUCUAACACAGACUUCACCGAGGGUGUCAUUUUCGAUGGCGCUAAUGCUCGUUCCCUUGCACCCAACUGGAUUCGUCGGCAAAUCGGUGUGGUGUCACAGGAGCCCAACCUCCUUGAUCUCUCCAUCCGAGAGAACAUAGCCUAUGGUCUCAACUACCGUUUGGAGGAGGCAGGAGACGCGAUGUCUGGUAUACCCAUGGAGGUGAUAAUCGAAGCGGCUAAACAGGCCAACGCGCACGACUUCAUCACCAACUUGCCGGAGCAAUAUGAAACACGGGUGGGAGCGCGAGGAUGCAGAUUGUCUGGAGGGCAGAAGCAGAGAAUCGCAAUAGCCAGAGCAUUGGUUCGGAAUCCACAACUACUGGUGUUGGACGAGGCGACAGCAGCGUUGGAUAAUGAGAGUGAAAGGGUAGUGCAGGCAGCUCUGGACAAGGCGAUGAAGAAGGGCGGACGGACGUGUUUGGUGGUGGCCCAUCGACUCACUACAGUAGAAGCCUGUGAUAUGGUGGUGGUAUUAGAGCACGGGAAAGCAGUAGAGUGGGGCACACCGAGUGCUUUGCUGGAGGCGAAGGGAGCCUACUAUGCUCUGUACAAUGCAGUGUAG